AGUGUGAUUUUGCACGUGGCUCUCCCCCUCCCCCCAAAAGGAAGUUAGUAAUUGCUGCGGCUGUCUCUCUCUCUUUUCCUUUGCAGUGUUCCGCUUUUGCGUUUCGCUCUUUUUUUUUCCAGCGGAGGAAGAGGUUAAACUUUCCAUGCCUCCGCCAACCCGACUCGACGCGCUGUGCGAAGCGUCGUCAAACGCGCGUCUUGCUGAACUGGAAAGCUUUCGCAGACUGUGCGACCGGGUGCAUUCUCUGAGGGAGAGUGUUAACGACUUAUGCAAUCGGCGAAUCCCUGCAAUUGAGCGGUCAAUUGAACAGUUCCACGACAGUCACCUUUAUCGUCCGCUGGAGACAGAGAAGGACUUUGUUGAGGAGGCUGCCGUGCACUCCGUUGGUCUCUUGUUGGGCGCGAUUGAUUCUUUGUACUUGCAUGCACAGACGGUCCCCCACCAAAAACAUUCCGCUUCUAAACGUUGUGCCUCUGCUGCAUCGCAGGUGAGCGAAUCUGUUACGUUCGCUGUGGGCUACUCUCCCGAGUUUACACUCAGUGACAGAGAUACGUAUCGGUACGCGGCUAAGCAGGAUGAUUCACCGAACCGGAUUGCAGAGGUAGCACGUGAGCCGCGGCUUAUUAAAGGCAUCCCUCAAGCGACGCUUGACGUACCGUUUGCCAGCGGCCGCGGGCACACGACGGAAUCCGCAGCGUUUAAGAACAGUAAUUCCACGCGGAAAGACACGCCUCCAGCCUUAGAGAACACCUCACGUUUUCCCGCUCGCGGAGACCUUGCGGACCGAACAACGCAAGUGCCGAUGAAUCGUCCGGAAAAUGCAACUCCCAAAACUGCUUCGCAAGUUGAAAGAAAGACAAUGGAGAGCAAGCCCGCCGGUGGCGGCUUUGGGUUUGCUGUCGGGAAGGACGCACCUGCUGCUGCUCCUGCUGCGGAGAGCAAGCCCGCCGGUGGCGGCUUUGGGUUUGCUGUCGGGAAGGACGCACCUGCUGCUGCUCCCGGUGCUGUCGCUGCUCCAGCCAGCGGAUUCACAAAAGCACCUGCGCAAGGCGGGUUUGGCCAGAGCUCUGCGUUCGGGCAGGCUUCGGCUCCCGGUGCUGUCGCUGCUCCAGCCAGCGGAUUCACAAAAGCACCUGCGCAAGGCGGGUUUGGCCAGAGCUCUGCGUUCGGGCAGGCUUCGGCUCCAGUUAGCGAGUUUGGCAACGCUGGUGCUGGGGGCGGGUUUGGAGGGGCUGCCGGACAGCCAGCCGGUGUCGCAGGGCAGGGGGCAAAUGCAGACAACCAACUCGCAUAUGGCUCGCGCAGCGCCUUCACGAGUGCCUUUGGAGGGCCAUCGAGUGGCGGCGGCUUCUCUGCCGUGCCGAAAAGUGCCUUUUCGGGUGGCGGCAAUGCGGGCGGUGCGUUCGCCGCUUCUUCCUUCAACUCUAUUGCAGGCAAUUUUCAGCAGGGCAACCAAAACGGGUUGCUGUUUGGAGGCCAGCAGUAA